AUGGAUCUGUACAAGCAAGCAUCGAUGAGCCCAGACUACGAGGAACACGAUUGCCCAGUUGAAGGGAGGGCGAAAAUGGACCCUCGCUCCUACGAAGAAGCCUCUCAAAGCUUGAAGUGGAGAGAAUUAAUGAAUAUGGAGAUCAAAGCAAUUGAAAGAAACAAAACAUGGGAACUAAGUGAUGCUCCAAAUGGAGUCACACCUAUUGGAGUUAAAUGGAUCUUUAAAACUAAGCUCAAUAAACGUGGGAAUGUUGAGAAGCACAAGGCACGGUUGGUGGCAAAAGGGUACUCACAGCAGUAUGGCAUGGACUACACCAAAGUGUUUGCCCCAGUAGCAAGGCUCAACACUGUGCGGAUACUGUUAGCUUUAGCAGCUCAACACAGAUGA